GCGCAUAACAGGGUAGUCUGUGUUGUAUAUAUCUCGACGUCGGCGAAUAGGAAAAAUAGUUAGCUAAGCUCAUCUCCACAGAUGGUAGUAGGGACAGGGAGUAACGCUGUAUUGUAGAGCGAAAUAUUAAAAAGCUAACAGUAUUCAUGAAUUUAACCACAUCAUUAUUCAUACAGUGUCCAGAUAUUAAUAUUUUAACAAAUUAAAGGCGCAUCUUACUCGAGUUUGGUGCAUUAAAUGGAGGAGAAGAAGGAAGAAGGAGACUCGGAGAUACAGGAACACGGACCCGAGCACUGGUUCUCAAAAUGGGAGCGGCAGUGUUUGGCCGAAGCGGAGCAAAGGGAGCAGAGCGAGGAGGAGGCCAACAACGACCAGGAUAAACUGUGGCAUCUCUUCCAGAACUCCGCCACUGCUGUGGCACAGUUAUACAAAGACAGAGUAUGCCAUCAGCAGGGUCUGUCAUUGUGGGUGCCCUUUCAGAACUCUGCAACAGCAGUCACCAACCUCUACAAAGAGAGUGUGGAGGCCCAUCAGAGAACCUUUGAUCGGGGCAUCCAGACAGGCCACCAACGCCGUAAUAAGGACAUGUUGGCCUGGGUGAAAAAGCGCAGGAGAACCAUCCGUAGGGAGGAUCUUAUCAGCUUUCUGUGCGGCAAAGCACCACCACACAGGAGUAGCAGGGCCAACCCCCGGCUGGCCAUGGUGGCCCCAAGCCGGGCUAAUUCACCAGCUGAGACUGGCUCAUCUGUGGAAGCAGACCUCCAGCCCUUCAGGGAGGCCAUAGCACUGCAUGGUCUGAGUGGAGCCAUGGCGAGUAUCAGUGUGCGCUCCGGCGCUCCAGGGUCUCCCACACACGUAAGUGGGAGCAGCAGUAACGGAGGGGGUGCCGGCGUAGGCGGUUCUUCCGGCUCGGGGCCGGUGUGCCGCAGCAGGCGCAACGGGCUCCAGGAUGUCGACCUGAACACUUUCAUCUCUGAAGAGAUGGCACUGCAUCUGGACUCUACAGGCUCCGCCUCUGCCGGAGGGGGAGGAACCAGGAAACGAAACUCCACCCAGUGUAGUGAUGUCAUCACGGACUCCCCUACGCACAAACGCAACAGGAUGAUCUGAUCUGCUGCCUGCCUAUAUGUGUGUGUGUGUGUGUGUGAGGGGGUGGGGGGAGAUGCCUUCAAAGCCAAGGCUAGGAGAGGGGGGAUGGAUGGGCUUAUGUGGGACAGAUGCACAGAUGGACCGACACUCAAAUGCCUGGCUGUGCAAAAGAACCCGGGCUGAACAUGAAAACAGGGACUGACGGUCUCAGUUUAGUCUUUUCAGAUGUUGAAUGAAUUCUAUUCCUUGUCUCCUUUUCCUGCACUAUUACUACAAAUCAAUUAUCUGCAAUCAGAACACUGUGUGUGUGUGUGUGUGUGUGUGUGUGUAAAAUGGGAGUUCCAGACGUCAUCGCCGCCCUGGAAAGGAGACAACGAAGGAAGUCACUGACUCAUUCUGGGAUGCAGAUAGUUCUCAAAGUGGUGAAAAUGCACUGUGCUGCUUUGACAAGUAAAAGCCACUUGAUCCUUGACACAUUUGUGCCCUUCCCUCCCUUAAACCUCACUCAUCCUCACCCACCACCUUAAUAAGGAAGUGAGGGCCAUGAUCAAAUCGUCUCACUCAGUGAACCGAGUUGCUCGCCAAAAUGUUGGACCCCAACUCUGUCAGAGACUCGCCUCUACGUCAAACAACCCACGUGUUCUUUCUGUUACUUCAUCAUUGCAGCUCUCAGUUGACGUUGCCUGUCGGUGGUGGAGCUACAUCGCAGGAGUACAUGUGUGGCAUCAUCCAGCUUCAUCUGCCGCCAGUUACAUUUCUCUACGGUGAUGGCAUGUGACUUUAUUCUCUACUAACUACUCCGCUUCAACAGUGGCUCGAUUAAGUUCAGCCAGACGCCAUUUUUUAGUUCUUCACCCACCAGUGUUAAAAUAUCUAGGUUUGUUGCCACUGUUUGCAGCCAAGUUCAUUUUGCAUUCUUUCUCCACCUCUUUUUGUUGUUAAGGAUAAUGGAAAGGAAUUUAAUUUUUCUUUGUGUAUACCGCUUGUCAGACAGCCCGUUUGCUGUCUGCGACGCCCCCUCCCCCUUUACCCUAGUCUUAUUACAAAAGCAGCUGCUGUUUUAUGUAAUCUUGUGAUUUUUCUGAUGAGUUGCAAUAAGGAUUUUGUGCACUUCAGUUUCACCUCCUAACUCAUGCAAACAAAUCGGCUCUUCCAUUGUAUCCCAGUUGUAGCCUCGUCCAGCCCUUAACGGGCCCGCUUGUGGUCAGUCCACACAUUGCUUAGAGAAAGUAAACACUUGGUAUGAGUAGAAAUGCAGCCCUCACACAGCGUAACUCUGGUUCCAACAACUCUUCAAAGGUUUCUGCGCGUGGGCUCUACCUGUCUUCAAAUAUUCAGAGACCUUCCCUGUCUGGCAAAUGAUUUAUCAGAAGAUAAUGCUGUAAAGAAAGCAUAAAUCACAGAAAUGUGUACAAAGGUAGCGUUUCUCAACAGACCCACCAAGCAGGCCAGCAAGGGCACACAAGCCGCUGGUUUAUUUGGCUCGAGUAUUCCAAAUAAAUCUGCUUUUUGUACAAGGGGCGUGUGCAUUAAUAAGACGUGGAUGGAUUUUUUUUUUUUUUUUUACGUGGUACAGGAUGAUGUGACCCGGGGCUUCUUGAAAUGCUUGAUUCCUUCCAUCCUUAUGUAACAGAGAGGAGUAGGAGACAUUGAUAUCACAUGAGUCUGAAAUGUGGGUAUAAUAAGCAGUUUGUUAAGUAAUAUAAACUGGUACUGUACUAAAAGAUUUUUGGAGUUAAAUCUAAGCUUGUUUGUGGGCAGAAUAAACUCAAUUGUUUGAAUAUGCUUUCAUUUAGCAUAGGAUGCUAAAAAAGUGUAAAAAAAAAAGAGUUAAAUCUUAAGUUGUCUACAUAUUUCCAGUGAUGCCCUGCCAUAGUAGUGCUACAGUAAGUUGUCAGUGAGUUGGCUUCAACUUUACCUGUAAUACCCACAGUAACCGACUUGUGAGAUGUCUAUGUGUCCUUCUCCUGUUCCUCCUUUUUGUUGACUCCUUCACCGUGUAUGACCUGGAAAAGUAGGUUUUCUUUAGUUGUAUAAAGCAUGCCAGUUUUUAAACUUCUGUUACAUUUUAGUCACUUUUUUUGCAUUAUAGGUUGGCUUUUAUAUUCAUACAUGAUAUCUGGCUUAUCGGUGAAAGGAACCAGUGAGAUGUGUUGCUUCUGUCAAAAUGAAGAAUUCUGAGUUUAGGAGUAUGUUCUUGCAUACAAGGGAAACCACUGAAUUAGACUAAAAAAAAGUGCAAAUUGGAAAAUGAGAUUUGAUUUGCCUACAGACACCUCCGAUUACUGUGAAGGAGGAGCAACAAGGAAUUCAUGGUUGGUAAAAAGAAAACUAUGAACGUUCUGGGGAGCUUCAGCUAGCGCAGGUCUAGUGAAUUAUGGAACAUAGGAAGGAUCCAUCUUUCCUGAAUAGGAACUUCAACCCUAAAAGUCACAUUUAGAGUCCAUCAGACAGUUUUAGGCUCUGGGACCCUGCAGAGAGCUCAUGGCUGGUGUUGGAGAUGAAGUGAAUCCUGAGGACUGACCUGUCAACACUUCAUUAAAUCAGAGGAAUGCAUUUAAAAUAUUUUAGUUGCUUUACUUUCUCUGGAAACUUAACUCACUGUUUUGUGUCUAUCACUCCACAUUGGUAGCAUUCUUGACUGAAACCAAAUGGCGCGUGUUGUUACAAAUAAGUAGUUAUAACCUCCCCAGUGUUUGUUGCAUGACAACAUGUCAGUUAAAGGGAAGAUAUGAAGUGGAUGCUGACAGGAGAAAUAAAUACUUUUUUUUUUUUCUCCUCCUAAGGCUCGACUAAAGAGUUGGGUACAGGCAGGAUUGUGCCGUCUUUCUAAUCCCACUGUUCAACCUGCAGCGUUGACCCCCAUUGAUUAGCCUGGUUAUAAUAGAGGGGGCACUUUGUGUUUUUCUUUUCUUCCCCUGAGCCAGUCACCGGCCUUCAUCCACAUUGUUUCAAAAGGCUGACUCAUGCCAUGUGUCUCUGGAGCCAACACUAUUAUCAGCUGUUUCUUGAUACUUAUUUGUUUAAAAAGUAAUAAAUGGCUAAUCUAUAUACUUAACAUUUAAUUGUUGGUAUGAUAUAUGUGGUUCACAUUGUAAAAUAAAUAAAACCAUUGAGUUGCAAUUGGAUUGACUGUUUCAUUAAAAGAAGAAAAUAGA